AUGGAGGAGGAGACAGAGGAUCUCUCUGGGACACAUCCAAUAAGGAGUGUGGCAGAUGACCCUCAAAGUGGACCCUCCACUGAUCUAUUGAAAUCCAAAGCAAUAGGUUCAGCAGUUUCUGCCCUGCAAUCUAAAGUCAAAGCAGUGUCCCAGAGAAGGUUAAAGGCGGCGGAGAGAGGUGAUCUAUUACCAGAGGAUUCCACAGAAGGGUCAGUGAAGAAACCCCAAGACGAUGAAGUGCUUUCUCCUUGUCAAACAGAAUACACCGAGCAGAGCAAUAAGUCAAGCACUGUGCAAGAAGUGCUGGAACCCAACUCUGGGAUGCAAGGAGAAAAGGAGACUUGCAGCAAAAGUGGGAAAGGCAGCCCAUCUCAAGGUGUGCCAGAAUUGUCCCGUGGGCUUUGUGAAGGGUCUAGCCUGGAGAACAUUGCAGUGGGUGGUGCUGGUGAACCUCAAGGUGACACUGCAUCAAAGUCGAUGACGUCUUCUUCCAGGCACUGGGCUCCUCCCAAGGGCUUUUGGCGAGUGGCACGACCAGAGACGCUACUUCUUAAUUCAGAGAGUUCCUCCACACUGGCAACUGCAAAAGAUGUACCUCCCACAAUUGAAGAGGGUCCAAAACGGAAGCCAAAACUAAAAACCGUGGGUGCACUUGUUCACAAGGAGUUGCAAAGGUCUGACAGCUUGGAAAGUGCUUUUCAUAGGUGUCUCCAGACGGAGAUUGGAGCUGCAGAUCCAGUUGGUGGGCUGUGGAAGGCAGACAGUUGGGAUACUGUGUGCUCCAGAGGAGGGUCUUUGUCUGUUGCAGAGAAAGUCGAGAUGAACAAGACAUACCUUAACCAAUAUCAAGUUGAGGAAAUUGAGAUCACAACUUCCAUGCGUCCAGAGGGACAGUAUCAACCACCAAAAGAGACACACAGAGAUUUACCUCCCUACAAAGUAGAUUAUUGGGACUCAGCAAUUAUCGCAAAAGAGCCUGUGUUUAACUAUAGACCUCUGAUCUCCACCACUGAAGUAACUCUCAGUCCACGUCAUGAACAAGCAAAGCGUUUGUUAGAAAGAGCUCGAUUCAAAGCACGUUCUCAAAACCCUAAGAGUGAAGCCCCCACCUGCCUUGGUCAAAGAGAAGGCCUGGAGCUCUUACCAAUCAGUGUGUCAUCCACCCUGCACACUGCUGUUCUUGUCACGGCUCAAGAGGAAGUGAUUUCACCUCUUCAGUCACCGGACGUCCGUGGAAGGAACCAUGAACGUGGGGUGCGCUCUCGUCGGUAUGGCCAGUCGCCCACAAGAGUACGUUUCGAAGACGAGUCAGAAAAGGAGGCUGAGCGACGAUACCUGGAGCGGGUUCGUGAACGUGGGCCAGUGGUGGUUGAGAAAUGUCACUCCAGCCAACAGCUAAAGGGGGAUCCGGUGUACAAUAUUCAGGAGGAAAGCAGGGGCAAGGCAAUAAACUGGGUAAAUGUUGGUAUUCCUGUGGCCAUAUUAACCAAAGAGGGAGAGUGUUUGGCUGCCAUGGUGCCAAAGGACGAAAUGCUCAGGACAUGUGAAACAUGUGGAAGCUUCUUGGGACCUGCACAGACCAAAGAUUGCCCUUCCAAGCCAACACACAGUAUUGUAGAUUCUCGGGAGAAGGCAGUCCCUCGAUGGGUCAGUCCUAGCCAAUCAUGUCGCCAAACCAUCCACCCGACCCUCAUGGAAAGUAUAACUUUUAGUGGAGGCGUCAGCCUGGCAGAAAGUGUAGGGCGGGGAGGUGUAGGAGGUGCAGGUGAGAGCACGUCAGCUUUUGGGAAGCUUCGAAGAAGGAGCAGGAAAGGAGAAAGCAGAGGCGAAACCAGUAAUGGACCUUAUGCUCGAAGUCAGGAUCUAUGGGCUCAGAGAAGGAACUCCAAAACCAGGUCAAGUCUGGAGGAUCAAUCUACUCGCUCUAAAGUUCGGAAGAUGUCUGCACAAGGCACUACAGAAACCUCACCUGACCAUGAGAAUAAGGAUCUCUCCAGCAAUGUCAGGGACUCUCCUCCUCACCUCCCCAUCAAAUCGGCUCUAAAAUCAGGAUCUAAAAGCCGUCCGACAGGGCAACGGGUGGUCAAGCUAAUGCCCUCAGUUCAGUACCGUUUAAUUCACCUUGACCACCAGCUUGAUGGAGGCUCUCACCAUGAAAACAUACAACCUGAUGAGCACCUCAGUGUCACUCUCAGUGCCUCCCCUCAGGUUCUUCCUGUCACCUCAGGACUGACGUCUUGCAACAGACCAUCCUCUCUCAGGUAUUCCUCAUCUAUGCUGACAACAGACCUCCAGGCUUUGACAAUAUGGGACUCUGCAGGCGACCCAGUCACUGAUUGCCACCCAGCUUUGAGAGCUAUGGGAAUGUCCAAGGCAGAAGACCUGAGGGCAGAACUUCUGAGAGCAGAGCACCGCAAAGCUGAAAUACAUUGGGAUGACAGUUUAGCUGUGUCUAGGAGAACAGGGGAGCGAGAAGGGAGGCCUAAGUUAUCCCUCCGUCGCUUUUUCUCAGCCAUGGGACUGAACAGUAUGGGCAAGCUGGUAAAGGGCAGCCGGUCCAACAGCAUGGAGCACCUGUGUUCCCCCAAUGCCCGCUACAGUUCUGCCUCCCCUAGCCCUACACACAGAGGCCUGGUCCCUCUGAAGAGGACCCCCUCUCUCCAGUCUCUCCACACAGAGUCUCCUUUGGCUCAGUUACGUAAAGCAUCUUCUGUCCAGAGUCUACAGUCCCCGAAGAGGAAGUUUGAACGUUCCACUAUAUUAGGAGAGGUACUACUGCCAUUGAGUUUGGCACCAAGGCAGCUCCAAAAGGAAGAGAGCAUAGAGGAGGCACUACAGGAUUCUCGAGGUCCACUAGGGCGGCUGGUGCAGGCCUUUCCUGAUGGGACUAUACUGAUAGAGCUUAUCAGACCUGCCAACAAUAGACCCUUUGGCUUUGUCAUCUCUAGGGGUAAAGGAAGACCAGACUCAGGUAUAUAUGUGGAACGGGUCGGAGACAGUACCACAGAGAACAUCUACACUGGACUUCUGGGUGUAGGAGAUGAGAUUCUAGAAGUCAAUGGAGAAAUCAUUGCUGGACUGACCCUAGAUCAGGUUACACGCCUCAUGACCCGUGACAGCAAAGCCACGAUCCGAAUCCUUCCACAUUCCUGGAUCAAGCACUGAUACAAUUGAGAGGCUAUAAAUACAGAGCGUGGAGUUAUA